CGGGGUGCUCGCUGGCUGGGGGACGGCGGCCGCCGCCAUGAUGCUUGUUUGCUUUCAAUGAAAACGAGGGGGGCGCGAAGGAGGAGGCGGCGGCGUCGGUGGCGGCGGCGUCGGCGGCGCGGAGGCGAAGGCGGCAGUGGGCGCAGCGAGGAGGGCGAGGCCGGGGGCCGAGAGGGCGGGAGGGCGUAGCGGCGGCCCGUCGGGGCGGCUGAGGCGGGCGGCUGACGCGGUGGCGCUCGGAGGGGUAACAAAGAGCGGCGGCUGAGGCGGCGGAGGAGCGGCGGCGGCGGCGCUGCAGCAGCGGCGGGACUGGUAUGGUGGUUCCACAGGUCAGACCCCGCUGCACUCACAGGGAGGAGGCGGCGGCAGCGGCGGAGGAAGGCGGCGCACCCCGAGAGGCAUGCCCAAAGAAAAAUACGAGCCCCCUGAUCCUAGGAGGAUGUACACAAUUAUGUCCUCUGAGGAAGCAGCAAAUGGAAAGAAAUCACACUGGGCAGAGCUUGAAAUAAGUGGAAAAGUAAGAAGCUUAAGCUCAUCUUUGUGGUCCCUCACUCACUUGACAGCUUUGCAUCUGAGUGACAAUUCUCUGUCCCGCAUUCCUUCAGACAUUGCCAAGCUCCACAAUCUGGUAUAUCUGGACCUGUCCUCUAAUAAAAUCCGGAGUUUACCAGCAGAACUCGGAAACAUGGUAUCACUCAGGGAACUCCAUUUAAAUAACAACCUGUUACGAGUUCUGCCUUUUGAGCUGGGAAAACUGUUUCAGUUGCAGACUUUAGGCCUGAAAGGAAAUCCACUUACCCAGGAUAUAUUGAACCUCUAUCUGGAACCAGAUGGAACAAGAAGGCUACUGAACUAUUUGCUUGAUAAUUUGGCAGGUACUGCAAAAAGAAUUUCAACAGAACAGCCACCUCCAAGAUCUUGGAUUAUGUUGCAAGAACCAGACAGAACAAGGCCAACUGCCUUGUUUUCUGUCAUGUGCUAUAAUGUUCUUUGUGAUAAAUAUGCGACCCGGCAGUUAUACGGCUACUGUCCAUCUUGGGCACUAAAUUGGGACUACAGGAAAAAGGCCAUUAUUCAAGAAAUUUUGAGCUGCAAUGCUGAUAUCAUAAGUCUUCAGGAGGUUGAAACAGAACAGUAUUACAGUUUUUUUCUGGUAGAACUGAAAGAACGUGGCUAUAAUGGAUUCUUUAGUCCUAAAUCUAGAGCUCGGACAAUGUCAGAACAAGAGAGAAAACAUGUCGAUGGCUGUGCAGUAUUCUUCAAGACAGAAAAAUUUACUUUGGUUCAGAAACACACUGUUGAAUUUAAUCAGCUAGCAAUGGCAAAUUCAGAAGGGUCUGAAGCUAUGCUGAACAGAGUCAUGACAAAAGAUAACAUUGGAGUUGCAGUACUGCUAGAACUUCGAAAGGAAUUGAUUGAAAUGUCAUCUGGAAAGCCACAUCUUGGAACAGAAAAACAACUUAUUCUUGUGGCUAAUGCUCAUAUGCAUUGGGACCCUGAAUACUCUGAUGUGAAAUUGGUUCAAACUAUGAUGUUCCUCUCAGAAGUGAAGAACAUUAUUGAUAAAGCCUCACGAAACCUCCAGUCCAGUGUAGUGGGAGAAUUUGGAGCUAUUCCACUAGUGUUAUGUGCAGAUCUUAAUUCUUUGCCGGAUUCUGGUGUUGUAGAGUAUUUAAGCACUGGUGGAGUAGAAACAAAUCAUAAAGACUUUAAGGAACUGAGAUAUAAUGAAAGUCUUACAAACUUCAGCUGUAAUGGGAAGAACGGGACAACCAAUGGAAGAAUCACGCAUGGUUUCAAGUUAAAGAGUGCCUAUGAGAGUGGCCUGAUGCCUUACACAAAUUACACGUUCGAUUUCAAGGGUAUCAUUGACUACAUCUUCUAUUCGAAACCUCAGCUGAACACUUUAGGCAUCCUGGGACCUCUGGACCACCAUUGGCUAGUUGAGAAUAAUAUCAGUGGCUGCCCACACCCGCUCAUCCCCUCCGACCACUUCUCACUUUUUGCACAACUGGAGCUCUUACUGCCUUUCCUGCCCCAAGUUAACGGCAUUCACCUUCCUGGCAGGAGGUAGUCAAGUACCUUCAGAGGACGACCUCAGUUUCACUUGUAAACUCAUAAAAUCUGAUUAUAGGGGAGUGAGGUAUGGCCACCAGGGUUUGUUUUUUUGUUUUGUUUUGUUUUUUCUUUUUUUUCCUUUUUCUUGAUGAUUUGAAUUUUCAAUCUUGAUUAUUUGAUAAGGAUAUAGUAUGAAAGCCAGGUGCUAGCAACAAAUUCUGAGCCCAAUAUGCUUUAUAUACUGUUAGACAGGGAUUGGUGUGUUUACACCUCUCUUUAAUUUGUUACAAGUAAUUUUCCUGUUUCUUCUAUCCAAUAUAAUAUUUUCAUGCCUUGAAAUAGGAAAAUGUUUGAACAGCAUAUUCUCUUUGCACAGAAAUCUGUAGCACUACUUUUUUGAGGCCAGUAAUAACAUCCAGAGACCAUUCUUCCAUACUUUACUCCCUCCCUUUUCAGACUUGUUUGUAAAAUAGAGACUUUGAAUUUAGCCUUUAUGAUUGUAUAUGAUCCACAGAAGACCUGAUUUAUGAAAUUUUGUACUAAAAAAAAUCAGAUUUGGAAAUGAUUGUAUUGUAAACUAAGGCUAAGUUUUUUUUACUGUUUCAUGUGUUAUAAAGGCCAGCUUGUAAAAGAAGUUGCAACAGACUUUCUCUGCUGAUGAUUUGCACUGUUAGGGUUUUGUUGGCCCUUUUGUACUACUUUAUUUUUAAACUGAGAACAUUGCUCUUUAAAUCUAAAUCUGCUUAAAGCUUUGGACAUUUUCUCAGACCAGAGGCAACUUAUCCAUGAAUUCCUGGGUUUUUACAAAAGCUAUCUACCAGGACAGAUAAGCUGAGCAGUGAAUGAUCUGUAGGCAUUUAUGGACUGAAUGUAAUGGUUGAUAUAUGUACAUUCUGAUAUUUUUAAAUCUUUAACUUUUUUAAGUUAAAAAAUUACAGCUGCUUGGAUGCAGCUUCUUAACUCCUUUUUGAGACACUUCCUGUCCUAUCUCCACUGUGCCUGCCUAAAUUUGUUCUCACCAAGCACUGCCUGUGCAUGCAGAGAGAAUCUGUGCAGCCUCUUUUAUAUUUUUUAAAUACUGUUUAACAUUUGUGAGAAUUUUAUGAAAACGCUUUUGUAUAAGCUGUGGCUUUUUUUUCCAUUGUGAAGCAUUGAAUAUCACAUUUUGGAACAUGUUCAUAGGUGGGUCCCUGGGUCUUUGCUCACCAGACCCAAGCAUUGCUUCUUGGUGUCCUUGCACAAUGCCGUCCGUCACCCGGAAUACUACUAUCAUGUGAAUUCUUUGUUUUCCACGUAUUCCUUCGUCUCCGUGUUUUUUAAAAAAUCAUUCCCUUUUUUUAAAAAAAAUAAUUUUCCAUUUAUGAAGCAGUGUAAAUGAGAUGUAUUUUCAAAACAGGUCCCUAAGACAAUUCUUCAGAUCAUUUAUAAAGUGACUAAGUCAUUUUAAUAGGUCAACCAAGGUAAAAAUUCUGUUGCACCCUGUAUUUUGCGCGUAGCAUCAGUAGUAGAUGAGAGAUUAAAGCUAGCUUUUAACUUUGCAAAGUUAACUUGUAUGUAUUCUGUUCUCAUUCAUUCUUCUCUCAAAAAUCAAAUGAAUUCAGAGGGAACUUGGUAUAACUGCUUUUGUUUCAACUGCAGGCAGGGGAGCAAAAGGACAUGUGAGCAGUAAGAAAAAUGUUGAAAUGUUAUUAAUAAUUUUUAUACAGAAAAUGAGUCAUUUUGAAUAAUGACUUAAAAUUUUAUGAAAAAUACUCAGCACUUAAAUGUGCUUAUUCUGUUUUUAAGAGAAAAUAAAAUUACCUACUGUUUAAAUAAAUGAUUUUUUUUCUUUUUAAAGAAUUUUCCAAAAGGUUUUGAUCUUGAAUCUUUGUCUGGGACCUGGUUUUUCCUUUGAGGUUUUUUUAAGAUUUUGUUGUGAUGGCUUUUUAUUUUUUGCUUUUUUGUUUAAGUUGUGCUGACACCAAACACGUCCAGUUUAUAAUCAGUACAUUGGAAAGCUGGUUUUAUUGAUGUAGAACCAAUGCAGAACUCUUUAUGGGGUUUUUGUUUUUAUUUUAUUUUAUUUUAUUAUUUUAUUUUUUUUUAUAUUUUAUUUUAUUUUAUUUUAUUUUUAUUGUAAGGUGUGAAUAAAAGGUGUGUUUACUCAUUUUUCCUAAACACUGUGUUGGUAAUGUGCAUCCUGACAAUUUCCAGCGAAGGUGAGCUGGAGCUGAUUGGACUGAUGAGGCAAGGAGACCGCUUUUCCUAUGGGAUCUGUAUUAUGUGAUAACAGGUCCAGAGAGCUUUAUGGAGAGGGAGGGGAGAAGCACUUACCCGUUUGUAUUUGUUAAUGGAGGAUGUAUUCUUUUCAUAGAUGCUGGAACUAGAGUGCACUUGUUAGAUGCUAAAGGUUUGAGCUUUACACAAAAAUGUUUUCAUCUGUAUUUGUUAUUGUCUGCAAUAUAUUUGAAUUUGGGGGCAGCAUAGUAAGAUAUAAGGGCCUGUUAAUGUCUUGAGACUAUUUGUUCUUGCCUCUUCUGGGCACACUGCAUUCUGUGGGUCAGUUUGAACAGCCUCUCCAUCUUAUUUAGAUAGUGAUAUAUUGAACCAAGAGUGUAGUCUUAACAACUGUAACCUUCAAAAGAGGAAGAAAUAUUUUGGGUCUGUAGGGAAUAAAGAGUCACACCAAAAUAGAUUGAUACUUUUGUUAAGCAAGGUUUUGUGUUCUAAAUAUCUUCUGUGUCCUGGAUAAUUUCCAAUAAUCCAUACUCUUUAAAAUGCAAUAAAAACUAGUAUGUUUUCUCAGUAUAGAUUUUUUUUUCAAAUUCUGUAACAGAUCUAUUUAAUGUGGUGUUGCCAUAAUGUAAUUUCAGUGUUUUUGCUGGAUAAAUCCAUUUUAUGAAUGUUUUACAGAAAAUUUGGGGUAUGUUUUCUGUUUUUACUGAUCAGAAAUUUGGAGGCACACAAUUCCUUGUUGUAAAUCUCUUGAAGUACAUUUUACCGUGUUAUUGGUAAUUAUUUAUGCAUUGAGAAUUUAAAUAUUCGUCAAAAUUAAUUUAUGGCAUAAUUUAAACUAAAGUUGUAGAAAUAAAUUGUUGAUUGCAACUUUAUUAGUCCUAGAAGACAGUCAGGGAACAUCUCCAAGAAAUGUGUUUUUAUUCUUGAUUUGGUGACAGCCAGGAGAGUUAGCACUUUGAAACCUAAGGACAUUAUUAAAUUGGGUGGGAUGCACUUCUAAAUGUUGAAAUUAACAGUUCAGAGCUCUUCUAAGAUUCAGGUUUUCAAUAAUAAAUUCCAAUUGUAUUAUUCCUUUUUUUUUUUUUUUUUUACUAUUUAAAUUCAUGGAAUUAGUUUCCAUAGUGACUUAAGGUUUUGGGGUCAUGUCAUAUAUAAGACAAAAGCCAACCUAGGCAGAAUAGUUACAGCAGUUUGUUCUUUUGAUGAACCAAUCAGAAUUUUCAGUACAAAUACUGCAGAUAAUUCAAAGAACACCUUUAGCAAGUGUUUCUCCCCUACUCGUAAACAGUAUUUUAAGAUGUUCACUUUGCUCUUCUUUUUGGUUACAUAAAACUUAAUAACCGGUAUGUUGAAGUAGUGUCUAAAAUAGAGUAUCUAGUCUUUAUUCACAGUACAUUAUAUUGUGUAAUGCACUGGACUAGUUUUUGUUUACCAUUCAUGUAACAAAACCCAGCACAUUAUCUGCACUAAGCUCAAAGAAUGUCGCAUUUGCCUAGGCAGCUCUUUGAUAAGGGUGAUGGGAAACCGAAUAUGUACCUAUGGACUGGUGGUAACAAGGGCUUUUACUGUUCUUUUCAGUGGAACCUUCUUGGUCAAAUUGUAACUAGCUAGUAUUAUAUUUAUAUACAGGGUCUCUUUUCUUUACUGAUGUAUUUUCCUACUCAUAGCCAACCAAUAAAUUCAAUAUCUGU